AUGGUUAGUGACUUCCCAAGACACACCAUCAUCAGGGCCCUAUUGCUGUCUACAUUGGUGGCUGGAGCUCUCAGCUGGGGGCCCCCCACUCACCUGCCCAGGGUGGUUGGAGGUGAAGAUGAGAGAGGCAACAGCUGGCCCUGGCAGGUCUCCCUGCAGCACAGCUCCAAUGGCCGGUGGUGCCACACCUGCGGAGCGUCUCUGAUAGACCAAAACUGGGUCCUGACAGCUGCCCACUACAUCAGUUGCUCCAGGACCUACCGCGUGGUGCUGGGCCAGCACUGCCUCGCCACCCAUGAGCCCGGCUCGCUGGCCGUCAGGGUCUCCAAGCUUGUGGUGCAAGAGGACCGGAACUCCAACCAGCUCUCCAAAGGGAACGACAUUGCCCUGCUCAAACUCGCCAACCCCAUCGCCCUGACUGACAAGAUCCAGCUAGGCUGCCUACCGCCCGCUGGUGCCAUUCUACCCAACAACUACAUGUGCUAUGUCACGGGCUGGGGAAGGCUGCAGAGUAACGGAGCUCUUCCUGACAUCCUGCAGCAGGGCGAGCUGCUGGCUGUGGACUCUGCCACAUGCUCCCAACCUGGUUGGUGGGGCAGCACUGUGAAGACCCAUAUGAUCUGUGUUGGGGGUGAUGGUGUGAUCUCCAGCUGCAAUGGGGACUCUGGCGGACCACUGAACUGCCAAGCGGCUAACGGCCAGUGGCAAGUGCACGGCGUGGUCAGCUUUGGGUCCUCCCUCGGUUGCAACUACUACCGCAAGCCCUCCGUCUUCACACGGGUCUCCAACGACAUUGACUGGAUCAAUUCGGUGAUUGAAAAUGACUAACCACCAGAAGCCCCCGGGACUGUUCCGGACUUGGAAAGGUCACAGGAGGAAAAUAAUAAUAAAGUGACAACUACAUGAACCACAUCUUGGUGAGAGUCUUAUUAGCAAAUCAUCCUCAUAUCUGGGGCCCUGAAAGCAAGAAACAGGCUGGGGUUGAGGCAGCUUAAAGGCCUUGGUGGUGGGGGGAAGGGUGCGGGUCCUGCAGCCAGGAAGGCACCUGGAGGGACAGGCUGAACUCAAGAAGACCUGGGCCUGGCCAGGUCUCUCCACUGGUUAAUUGUGUUCCCUGGACAGGUGACUUAACCUCCCCGAACACACGGCUCCCACCCCAGUCACCUUCCUGUGAUGGGGUAGGGGGGAAAUUCAAAAGAAAUAAGAGCUGGGGAAAUGUUUCCCCAAAAUUCAAAGUCCCCUUUAUAUAAGGAAGAAUAAA